AUGAUCAAACUGUUUCCAAGUAGGUGCAUCUCCGAACAAAGCUCAGAAUUUAUAGGAACACGAAAACAUCCAGCAGCCAACAAGGUAGAAUUCAGAAUGUUUGGCAUUCCACCAAAAUCUCGAGCUAAGGAGCUCGAACUGGGUAGAAAGACCUCUAAACUGGGCCAGAAGUGGCCACCGUUUUACAAGCAGCCGCUCUUUAAAAUUCAACAGGAUGACUGGCAUCUGGACCAUAAAGCUGUCGGAAUUGACUUAGCUUUUAUUGAGAAUGGAUACAUUUAUCACACCAAGUAUGACACAGCGGACAGAAUUCUGACAGAUUCCAUUCAGAGAGCAGGCGACAACAUUUUAGCGGUUCUUAAAUAUCUCGCUACAUCCGAUAUGUUGGCUGCUGCUUCUCAGUAUCGACACGGAAACAUGGUCUUCUUUGACGUGCUCGGCCUGUUUGUUGUCGCCUACCCCUCCCGCGUCGGCUCGAUAAUUAACUCCAUGGUGGCAGUGGCUGGCAUGUUGUACCUGGGCCAGAAGCUGUUGCAGCCCAAACACAAGACUGAUAACUACAUGAAGGACUUCUUCUGCGCACUUGGCAUCACUCUGAUAAGCUGGUUCACGAGCCUGGUCACCGUGCUCAUCCUGGCGGUGUUCGUCUCCCUGGUUGGACAGUCCCUGUCGUGGUACAACCACUUCUAUGUCUCCGUCUGUCUGUACGGAACUGCAGCUGUGGCCAAAAUCGUACUCAUACAUACUCUCGCAAAAAAAUUGUACUAUGUGAAUGCCAGUGACCAGUAUCUGGGAGAAGUAUUCUUUGACACCUCGCUGUGUGUGCACUGCCUUUCCCUCCUGGCUCUCACGUACCGAGGACUGUGCUCGGCGUUUAUUAGUGCCGUCUGGGUGGCCUUUCCCUUGCUCACAAAGCUCUGCGUGCACAAAGACUUGAAGCACCAUGGUGCCCAAGGAAAAUUUAUUGCCUUUUACCUUUUGGGGAUGUUUAUUCCUUAUCUUUAUGCAUUGUACCUCAUCUGGGCAGUAUUCGAGAUGUUUACCCCCAUCCUCGGGAGGAGUGGUUCGGAAAUACCACCUGACGUCGUGUUGGCCUCCAUUUUGGCUGGUUGUACCAUGAUCCUGUCUUCCUAUUUUAUUAACUUCAUCUACCUUGCCAAGAGCACGAAGAAAACCCUGCUGACGCUGACCUCGGUGUGCGCAGUCACGUUCCUCCUGGUCUGCGGUGGCGCGUUUUUCCCGUACAGCUCUCAUCCCGCCAGCCCGAAGCCGAAGAGGGUGUUUCUUCAGCAUAUGACUAGAACAUUUCAUGACCUGCACGGACACGUGAUGAAACGGGACUCCGGGAUAUGGAUCAAUGGGUUUGAUUACACGGGCAUGUCUCACGUAACGCCUCACAUCCCCGAGAUCAACGAUACCAUCCGAGCUCACUGUGAGGAGGACGCACCCCUGUGUGGCUUCCCGUGGUAUCUCCCGGUGCACUUCCUGAUCAGGAAAAAUUGGUAUCUUCCUGCCCCAGAAGUUUCUCCAGGAGAUCCUGCUCAUUUCAGACUCGUGUCCAAAGAACAGACACCCUGGGAUUCUGUGAAGCUGACGUUUGAAGCCACAGGACCGAGCCACAUGUCCUUCUACGUUCGAACCCACAAAGGGUCAACACUCUCCCAGUGGUCUCUUGGCAAUGGCACCCCGGUCACAAGUAGAGGAGGGGACUACUUCGUAUUUUACUCCCAUGGGCUCCAGGCCUCUGCAUGGCGGUUCUGGAUAGAAGUACAGGUCAUGGAAGAACGGCCUGAAGGAAUGGUCACUGUGGCCAUUGCUGCCCACUACCUUUCUGGGGAAGAUAAGAAAUCCUCCCAGCUGGAUGCUCUGAGAGAGAAGUUCCCAGACUGGACAUUUCCUUCUGCCUGGGUGUGCACCUACAGUCUCUUUGUGUUUUAGUCUUCUGGAGGAGCGCGGAGUACAUGCCCAGCGGAAUACCCCCGUGACGCAGUUUCUCCCCACGUUACAUGGAUGUUUGUAAGUCAGUGAUUUUGAAUGAGCACCUGUUCAGAGACCUUCGUGGGCUGACACUCUUCAGGGCCCAGCAUGAUGAUGGGGACGUGUGGCCUGACACUUGAAAGCGCCGGUUUCCUGGCCCCAAAGCACCGUGGGCACCACGACACCCGUCAGUCAUUCUCUGGGACCUUAAGGAUAAAAGCCAACAAACCACUUGAGUAGUUGUUACCCCUUAGGAUCAUGACAUAUGUAGAAGGUACUGUGAGCUGUUCAUGGGACAAAGGACAUUUCCAGUUGAAGCCCAAGAUGAUUGGUUUGGUCAGAGGAUGGUAGCUAAAAAUCCGUUCGCUGGAGUCGGGACUCCCCUAAGACGGACCUUAGGGGUCAGAGGGCAGGGACAGCGAGGCCUGGGGGCAAGCUGGGGGCUCCUGGGGCCGCAGCCUAAGCCGAGGGCUCUGCUACUUCAGGCAGCUGCUCAAAUGUGCUUGGCUCCUCUGGAGUCUGUGCCGAGCUGGGGAUGUGCAUCCUUCUGACACAUGGUCCCUGAGAGCCAUCGCUGUGAUGCUUUUUGGAGUUGCUUUCAAGGCCCGAUGUCCAACUUUUCCCUUGUCCACCUUGCCGGUUUCAGCGGAGCGUUUGUUCAGCUGCCUUUCCUGCGGGGUUUUUCCAGGCUCUUCUGGCUCAGGCUGUCGUGGGUGCAAGCACAUGGGCUUGGUUCCAUCCUCAGAGCCCAGGGUUGCCACGGUGGCUGCUCUGGGCUGGGAAGUGAGUGGGGUGACGAGUGGCUGGGCAUUUUAUAAAUAUUGAUUCUCUCCAUUUAGUAGGCAUGUCCUAUUAUCCAAGGUUAAUCCUUUAGGGCGUAACUUUAUUGAUGCACUGAGUCCUUAGUUUUGUCGGUUUUCUUGCCAGUCUCAAUCAUCCGUCCGUAUCCAGCAGAACUGGCUUUCCCGGGGCUGCGCGUGCGGGCUUUGCCUGCAGCGAGGCCACCGGCCCUGCAGCCGCUGAUGAGGAUCCUGCAGAAGGGCAGGCCGAGGACCUCAAGGUGCUUUUCAUUUAGAAGACGGCGGUGGGGCUUGGGAGGCGCGUCUCUGCUCCGGCAGUGGAAGGGUUUGGGGAGAUGAGUGGUCAGUUCUCCUAGCUUGCUCUUUUCCAUUAAGAAACUGGAAAGGUUGGACAAAUUCUCAGUUUAGCCAGCAUAGGCCAAAAAGGCAUUUUAAAGAAAAGCCAUAGUAAAACGAAGUGGCACUAAGCAUGCAUCGCCAGAGGACUUGUGACAGAUGGAUGCAGUGUGCUUUCUCCGUCCCGCUCCUCCCGGGUGCCCGCAGACUUCCGACGACGUUGUCAGGCGAUGGGGAAGGGUUGCCGUGUUUGUAGCUUAUAGAGAAUCAGAGUUGUGGACAAAAAGUGAUCAAUGAAUUUCAAAAUACAGCCUAGUUCUUUUGUCCCUGUGGUUGAUCUGAAAUAGAUUUUAUUGGGGGGGGGGGAGUCCCAUGUUGAGGACGUGCAUUGUAUGAAAGUUCCUUUCUUCCCCCUUUGGGAAGGAUGUGAUUCGCUUUCAGUAAUAAUCAUGGUUUUCUUUCUGCCUUUGUUAUUUUUCUUUGUAAACAGUCUCUCUCGGUUUUCAAGAUGCUCGCUGGUCUCAGGGCAGACUGCUUUAGCGCCAGAAAUGGCUGAGUACUUCUACUUACUGUUCAUGCCACUCUUAUAAUAAGCACACCAUCAGAUGAGUCAGCAGCCUGAGACUGGAGUAGCUCCCCAUUCAAAACUCACUUCUGAGAGGGCCUUUUCAAAUUCUAACAAAUGCAGUUUUCCCUACAGAAUUUCAGUGUAAGUAGCCCAGUAUUGCACAUGCAUUGAAAAAGUCUGACCUUAGACUGCUGCAUGAAGUACCUGUUUCCAGUUCAGCUGAUGGAAAUGAGCACCCACAGGGUUGCUAAGAUGUCUCCACUGAAGGGGCCACAGUCAGCUGCUCACUCAGGAAGCUGUAGGAGGAACAAUGGUCUCUCUUUUCACUGGUUUGCUGACUUGCUGAGGAUUAACUGUUGCCUUACAUUACUGAAAUAAACUUUUUACCUCCUAGUUAGUAUCUUUAACAGAAAAACCAGAUCUUUAUUGUUUGUUCUGUAUCCCCACCUUUGAAGGGUUAUUUCAAGUCUACAGAGCCUUUUUUAUAAGUCUUUUUAAUUGCUUUUAAAAUACCUAGAUGGCUCAUGUGGGCAGAGCAGGUAUGUGAGCAAAGAGCUCAAUAAGGAAAUACUGGAAUGCUUUUUACUCUGGAAUGAAAUUGUGCAUCAUAUUUUGUUAAAUGUUGAGCUUUUUAAAAAUCCUCUCCAUUGGCAAAGAAAAUCACUGAAGGGCUAAUCCAGAAGGAUUGUGGGGGCAGGAGGAAGAAAUGGUCUUUCAGCCAGUGGCCCACCACUCACUCUCCUCUCUUCCCAAGGAAGGGGGGCAUUGCCACCCCCCAGAAAAGGUCCCUGGGCAAGUUCCUAUGCAAGUUAUUUUGCUUUCUCAGUGAAUUGCCUUGGAACAGUUCGGUACACCUCCUCAUCAUGCACCUUGCCGCCUUUUAGGGCCAAUGAAGCCAAAAUGCGUUUA